AUGAUCCUCUACUUUCUAACUUGUGAGAGAGAUCUUGAAGGAGUGUACUACUUUUCGAGGAGAGGAGUCACCGUGCACACCAAGGGAGGACCAGCUGGGUCGGCUCGGUUGAUUGUCUUUGUGAUCGUCGCUGCCGAUGGUGGUGAUAGCAUCAUGGUGGUGACGGUGGUGGCUAUUGCGAGAGCUGCCACUCAUUGUGAGCCUAGCCGCAGGCGCCGGGUGAUGGCUACUGCUACAGCCAUGACCUGCUGGGUAAGUUGCGGCUCAGCUCGGACUGAGGUGCUGCGUCAGCGGCUCGGACUGAGGUGUUGCGUCAACGGCUCGGACUGA